AUGUCUCGACGCUUUACCGACGAAAAAUUGAAUUCACGAGCUAAAAUUUUGGAUAUCAUUAAUCCUAGUGGUCGCAUUUCACGCAUAAGACCUACAGUUGAAUUCAAUAAAAGGGAUGAAGCUAAAAAGAAAAAAGACAGCAAAACUUACAUUAUUGCUGAAAGAGAAAGUUCAGAUGGUAUUAAAACAGGAGCGUCUUUAAUACCAGAUUUGAAUGUAACAGUGGAACGUAUGCGCAAUAUGCCAGAUGAUCGUUUUAUAUAUUUGACUUAUAUGCUGCCGAAAACUAGCGAAUAUUUUACACCCUACAGUCUGCAAGAAUAUACAUGGGACAAUUUGCCCAAUAAAUUGUUGUAUUUUACAAUGAGUCGUCACGGUGUGACCUAUUGGCAUUUGUCGGAAAACUUUUUCACUCCUCUACUGCAGUGGCAACAAGAAUUUCAAAAAUUCCUGAGUAUUAUUAAAAUUCGUACAUUUGCGGUAUUUCGUAUAUGGAAAGGUUUCAAGGUGUGGGAAAAAUCAGUGAAAUGGAAGAAACAAAAUCAAGCUCGCCAGAAUCUGGAAGAUCAUCUUUUUAUAGCCAUACCACAUUUGGCCAAGGCCAUACUUAAGUUGCGCAGUGAAAUUGUGUUCCUGGAAAAUAUCAACUUUAUCAAUGUUGAUGUUAUCGAGGAGUGGCACCCUUUUUAUUUUCUGGAAGUACAAAUGAAAAUCUAUGAAAGACUAACAGUUACAUUAAGAGAAUUUCGUGAGAGAAUGAAACAAAUAUUGUAUGAUGCCUGUCUUAAGGCUAUAACCGAUCGCGGUUUCUUUCCCAAUGAUGAAAUCAACUACUAUCCAUCGGUAAAGAAAAUGCGUGAUGCUAUGAGUUUUAUGGAUCGGGCUAAAAAAAGAAACUUUUGCAAAAUUCUUUCCAACUUCCUUAGCUACUGUGAUCACAUGAUGUAUCACAUGUUCCAUAAAAUUACUGCCAACAGUUUUAGAGAUCUAGUUGAGGCUAUGAAAGUUCAUGAUGCCUUAGGUCCAAGCCUAGACAUCUUAAGUGAAAAUUUAUCAUUACAUGAGCAACUAGAACCCGCUCGUCCCGAAAGUGUACCACAGAACCCUUUUUUUGUGGCGGAUUUUCGUUUACUUCCUGACCGCAUUGAAAUCGAGCCAUCUGAAGAUGUUAUGAAAAAUAUUUUCAAUCGUAUAUCGACUUUAAUAUUGGAAACCGUUACUGAAAUAGAAAAUUUCACCGAUGAUAAAAUGUAUUUCCAAUUUACUGAACCCUCAAUAAUGGGAAGUCAGGAAGAAAGAUUAGCUGGAGCUGCUCCUGAUUUAAGUUUUCUUCUUAGAACCGAUAAAGAAUUUCAGUUUAAUCGUAAAAUAAUUUAUACAUUUGUAAGAUUGGCAUAUGAAAAGGCUAAAAUAUAUACAUUAAGAUUUGAAACCAUACGCACAAAUUAUGAAGUGGAUACACACACCGAUCCGAAUACCAUAAAAAGUGAAAGAGAUCUAACAAAAUUAAGGGCUUAUUGUGAACGUUACUGUAACAACGUUAAAGCUUUAGAUGGCAUAUUAACCAACGUAAAUCUGGGUUUAUUGAAAUUGACUCAAGGAAGCUUUAAGGAGACCGUAACACCAGUUUGUGUUAAAUUACAAAACGUCUUGGCUACCUAUUUACCCAAAUUGGCCACUGACCAAAUAGAUCACAUAUCCGAGGAAACUCGAGAUCUUUCAGCGCGCAUCUUAGCUGAACCCCAAACUUCAUUGGAUAUAGUAUCUCAUAUACGAUAUCUCGGCGUUGUUGAUGCUGAAAUGGAUAUACUUUUCAAAGAAGUCGACUAUGCCCACGAUGUCUUUAUUAUUAUCAAAGACUAUUCCAUACCCAUUGAUGAUGAACGCAAAGAGGAUUAUAUGGAUUGUGAAGAUUUAGUUAAUCGUACAAAUGAUAAAUUAAAGGAAAUACAAGCCAAACGAGAUCAGUUUAUUGGACAACUAGAAGACAUAAUGAACAAAGAUAUACAACAGAUAUUUGAAGAGACGCAUGAGGUUUAUUUGGAAACACAGGAUUCAAGCCUCUUAGAUAAAACCUCGAAUCGUCAAUUCGUAAAGUCGAAAUUAAAUGGUCUUCUGGAACGUUUACAAAAUUUACAUGAACGAGCUGCUGAGUAUAUAGGAUAUCAGAAGGAGUUUAAGAUUGAUAUUACCAUGUACACCGAAAUGGAUCAAACAUUUACUGAGAUACGUUUACGUCAAAAUCUCCACAACUCAGUUGAAGAGUGGGAGGAAGCCUAUAAACGUUGGACUUCUGUAGAAUUUAACUCGUUGGUUGUUAACGAAAUGGUGGAUUUAACUAUAAAAACAAUUAAAAAUUGCAUGCAAUUUGAAAAAUAUCUACCGGCCAACAAUAUACUACCGGAAUUAAAACAAGCAGCUGAAGAUUUCAAACUUAAAUUACCAGUUAUUGGCUAUCUAAGAAAUAAUAACUUUAGAGCGCGCCACUGGACAGAUAUCGAAACAGUCUUGGGCCGAAAAUUCUUCCAAGAAGAAAAUAUUUUCUUAUCGACAUACGAGGAACAGCAAGCAUUCGAUGAGGAUAUAGCCAACUCUCUAAUGGAAAUAUCUUCACAAGCCACGGGUGAGGCUCAACUGGAGAAUAUGCUAAAGAGUAUUGAGGGUGUUUGGAAAGAACAAGAACUUUCAAUUGUCAUUUAUCAUGAUCAAAAGGAUGUAUUCAUUUUGGCUGGCACAGAGGAAUUACAAACUAUUUUAGAUGAUUCAAACAUCAAUAUAAAUACGAUAGCUGCUUCAAAAUAUGUGGCACCGAUUAAGCAUAAAGUUAAUGAAUGGAUAUCACUGUUGGAACAAUUUGGAAAAACUUUGGAGGUCUGGAUGGAUUGUCAAACAUCUUGGAUUUACUUGGAGGCUAUCUUUGCCUCUCCGGAUAUACAAAGACAAUUGCCUCAGGAAGCAAAAAUGUUCUUUGCAGUUGAUAAAAGUUUUAAGGAAUUAUUGCGUACAGCAAAAAAAGUUUCCUUGGCUUUGCCAGUAAUGUCUUCCAAAGAUAAUUAUAACGUUCUCAAUGAAAAUAAUAGACUUUUGGAUUUAAUAACCCGUGGUUUAGAGGCUUACCUUGAAGUCAAGAGAGUAGUGUUUCCAAGAUUUUAUUUUCUGUCCAAUGGUGAACUACUGGAAAUUUUGGCACAAACUCGUAUACCCCAAGCUGUACAGCCACAUUUGCGCAAAUGCUUUGAUGCCAUACAUCGUCUAGAAUUUGGCCAAAAAGACGAUGGCGCUGGUCACAUGAUACCCACCAAUGAUAUUUUAGCUUUCAUAUCUCCCGAAGGUGAAAAACUGUUCUUUCAGAAAGGUUUGAAAGCCAGAGGAGCUGUAGAGGAAUGGCUGAGUAAGGUGGAAGAAGGCAUGUUUGCCUCGGUCAAACGAGCCAUGCGUUUUGGCUACCAAUGUUAUCCGAACAAGGAACGUGAUGUCUGGUUUCAAGAUCAUCCCAAUCAAGUAGCUUUGACUAUAUCGCAGCAGCAAUGGGCAAGUGAUAUUCAUGCGAUUCUAGAUAAUCCUCGUAAUGAUGAAAACAAAAUUGUUGGUCUAAUGAAACAAUUCGAAACGAAGUGCCUGAAAAAUCUUGCUGCCUUGGCGGCAUUAACGAGACAAAAUAUAACAAGUUUAGUUAGGAAAGUUUUGACAGCGUUAAUAACCAUUGAUGUGCAUGCCAAAGAUUCUGUCAGGAUGUUGAUUGACAAACAUGUUGUGAGAUCUUCCGAUUUUGACUGGUUAAAAAUGUUACGUUUCUAUUGGGCAACUGAAACAGAUACCGUUUUUUCGCGAAUGACUUCGGCCACCAUACCAUAUUAUUACGAAUAUUUAGGUGCUGGUGGUGUAUUGGUUUUGACACCCCUAACUGAUCGCUGUUAUUUGUGUCUAAUGGGUGCUAUACAAAUGGACUUGGGUGGGGCACCGGCUGGUCCAGCGGGAACUGGUAAAACUGAGACAACGAAAGAUUUGGCCAAGUCUGUAGCCAAGCAAUGUGUGGUAUUCAAUUGUUCCGAUGGUUUGGAUUACAAAAUGAUGGGUCGCUUUUUCUCGGGCUUAGCACAAUGCGGUGCCUGGUGUUGUUUCGAUGAGUUUAAUCGCAUCGAUAUUGAAGUGCUGUCGGUAAUAGCCCAACAGUUAAUAACCAUUAGAAAUGCUAAAGUUAUCAAUGCCAAGAGAUUUAUUUUCGAGGGUCGAGAGAUUAAACUCAAUAAAUCCUGUGCCGUUUUCAUAACAAUGAAUCCCGGAUAUGCUGGUCGUACAGAACUUCCCGACAAUUUGAAAGCUCUAUUUCGUCCCAUAUCUAUGAUGGUACCCGAUUAUGCUCUAAUUGCUGAAGUCAUUCUCUACUCGGAAGGCUUUGAGGAUCCCAAGAAUUUGGCACAAAAAAUGGUACAAAUGUACAAGCUUUGUUCCGAACAACUUAGUCAGCAAAAUCAUUAUGAUUUUGGCAUGCGAGCUGUGAAAUCGGUGCUUAUUAUGGCGGGAGCUCUAAAAAGAGCCUCUCCUGAUCAAAGGGAAGAUAUAACAUUGAUUGCAGCCUUAAAAGAUUCGAAUAUUCCGAAAUUUUUAGUAGACGAUGCUACACUCUUUCUGGGCAUACUUAGUGAUUUGUUUCCAGGGGUCGAAUUGCCGGAUUCCUCACAUCCUCAAUUGGAAGCAAGUAUUGUGAUGGGUUUGUCUCAAAAGAAUUUGCAACCUGUAAGUGCCACAUUGCGCAAGUGUAUUCAACUUUAUGAGACCAUGUGUGUGAGAUGGGGAGUAAUGUUGGUGGGGCCUACAGGUGGUGGUAAAUCGACGGUAUUACAUGCUUUAGAAUUUGCUCUGGGUCAUUUAUUUGAAACUGAAGUGCCGGGUCCUCACUUUAGACCGGUAACAAUUCAAUGUAUGAAUCCCAAGGCAGUGUCAAUGAAUGAAUUAUAUGGUUAUAUUAAUUCCAAAACACUGGAAUGGCAAGAUGGUCUGCUAGGUUUGGCCGUAAGAACGGCGGUAAACGUAGAAGAUGAAAUCCAUCAAUGGAUUGUUAAUGAUGGACCGGUGGAUGCUGUAUGGAUUGAAAACCUAAAUACAGUGCUCGAUGAUAAUAAAAUGCUUUGUUUGGCCAAUUCGGAACGCAUUAAACUCACCGCAUGGGUUCACAUGGUAUUCGAAGUGCAAGAUCUGGUGCAAGCCUCUCCGGCCACCGUUUCACGUUGUGGCAUGGUAUAUGUAGAUCCCGAUGAUCUUGGCUGGUUACCCUUGUUAGAUUCUUGGAUAACUGGACCCAUUUCAAAGAAAAUACAAGAACCACAGUUGAAAUAUUUAUAUGGUUUAUUCUCACAAAACUUUAAAACGAUCUUGGAACUGGCGAAAAAACAUGGGUCUUUUCUUAUAGGACAAGUUACCAGUUCCAAAGUAUGUCUGUGUUUGGAAUUGUUGUUUGCUUUAAUAGAACAAAUAAAUUGGCAUGACUUUAAAGCAGACGAAGACAAAGCUUUGUUAAAUAAAAUGUUUAUAUGGUGUAUUCUAUGGUCUCAAUCAUCCAAUUUUCGGGACAACGAAAAAAUAAUUUUUGAACAGCUUUUAAGGGAACAUAUGCGUACACAAGCUCAUGUAAUUUUCCCUGAACAAGGUUGUCUUUGGGAUUAUAGAAUAAAUAUGAAUACACGCCAUUGGGAAUCGUGGUCUAAAAUAGUGGAUACUUUUGUAUUCAAUCCGGAAGACAAAUAUUUUGAUAUGCAAGUUCCUACAGUUGAUACCACCAAAUAUGGUUAUGUUACCGAAUUAUUAUUUCAACGUAAAUAUCCUGUAAUGUUCACGGGUGAUACGGGUGUGGGUAAAACAGUUUUAGCUGUCUCCACUCUAAAGAAACUUCUGCAGAGCUCGGUCGUGCCGGUACAAAUUAAUUUUUCAGCCCAAACAAGUAGCAUACGAACCCAGGAAAUGAUAGAGGGUCCCUUGGAAAAACGUAAACGUAAUCAGCUGGGUGCUCCUAUAGGAAAAACUGUUAUUGUAUUCAUUGAUGAUGUUAAUAUGCCAAAAUUGGAUACAUAUGGCAGUCAACCAGCUAUAGAACUAUUAAGACAAUUUUUGGACUUUAAAGGAUUUUAUGAUCGUGAGAAAUUAUUUUGGAAAGAAAUUGUGGAUGUAGUUUUGGGUUGUGGUUGUGCUCCUCCUGGCGGUGGUAGAAAUCCCUUAACACCACGGUUUGUCAGACACUUUGCUUUACUCGCACUGCCCAAACCAAAUGACGACAUUUUAACCACAAUUUUCGAUGGAAUUUUAACAGGAUUUUUAAGUGAAUUCUCCUCGGUUAUACGACCUCUCUCUACACCCAUUGUCAAUGCCUGUGUCGAUGUUUAUAUGCGCAUAGCCAAGGAAAUGCUACCCACCCCCGAUAAAUCUCAUUAUAUAUUUAAUUUAAGAGAUCUAUCCAAAUGCAUACAGGGUAUUUUGCAAGCCAGUAGUCUGCACUACAACAUGGAAAUGCAAGUUCUGCGUCUAUUUUAUCAUGAAACUACACGAGUGUUUCACGAUCGCUUAAUUAACGAUGAAGAUAAAAAUUCAUUCAAAAAUAUCAUGCACGAAGUGUGUCUAAAACACUUCAACAAACAGGUCUAUAGGAACGAAGAACCUCCAAUACUCUAUGGCGACUUUAUGGUAUUUGGUAAAGCCAAAGCCGAUCGUGUAUAUGAAGAGAUCAAAGAUCCCGCUAAAUUGGAAAGUAUUUUAAUGGAUUAUGUUGAGGAUUACAAUUCAAUGACAGGAAAGAGAAUGAAUUUGAUACUAUUCCAAGAUGCUUUAGAGCAUACCGUUAGAUUGGCUCGAUUGCUAAGAAGCGAUCGUGGUAAUGGCCUAUUGGUUGGCGUGGCGGGUAUGGGUAAGCAGUCAUUGACGAAACUGGCAGCUCAUGUUAACGAAUAUAAAUGUAUGCAAAUUGAGCUAAAGCGUAAUUAUGAUAUUAAUGGUUUCCAUGAGGACUUAAGGAAUAUUUACAGACAUGCGGGGAUUGACAAUACACCAGUAGUCUUUCUAAUGAUUGAUACUCAAAUAGUUGAAGAGGAAUUUUUGGAAGACAUUAAUAAUCUCUUGAAUUCGGGAGAAGUGCCAAAUCUUUUUGAAGGUGAUGAUUACGAAAAGAUUAUAUUGGAUGCUCGGGAAGCCUGUAAUGCCUCAAUGAAAGAUGGUUGUAGUCGUGAUGUCAUCUACAAAUUCUUUAUAAAUCGAGUGCGUAAUAAUUUGCAUGUUGUACUCUCCAUGUCGCCGGUAGGUGAUGCAUUUCGACGAAGAUGUCGUAUGUUUCCAUCGCUGGUAAACUGUACCACCAUAGAUUGGUUUUCCAACUGGCCAACUGAAGCUUUAUAUUCGGUGGCUGUGGGACUAUUAGCGAAAAUCACCAACACCACAGAAGAAUGUCAAGCUUUGGCUACCACAACUGUGUUCAUACAUAAGACCGUGGAGGAGGCUUCCGAACGUUUUUACAAAGAAAUGAAACGUCAUUAUUAUACUACACCCAGCAGUUAUUUGGAGCUUUUAAAACUUUACCAAAGUCUAUUGAAAAAUAAAAGUGAAGAGAUUAAAAAUAAACGUAAACGAAUUUCAAAUGGCUUAAAUAAGAUUUUGGAGACCAAUGAUAUAAUUACAGUCAUGCAAAAAGAACUGGAAGUAAUGGUGCCUCAGCUUGAUGAAAAAUCCGCCAACAUGAAAUCUUUACUGGAAAGAUUAGCUAUUGAUACCAAACUGGCAGAUCAAGUUAAAGACAGUGUUAUGCGUGAUGAGGCCAAUGCCAAAGAAAAGGCCGGUAUAUGCCAAGCAAUGUCCGAUGAUGCUAACAAAGAUUUAGAAAUUGCUAUGCCAGCUUUAAAAGAAGCCGAAGAUGCCCUGAAAGGUUUGACCAAGGCUGAUAUAAAUGAGCUGAAAUCAUUUACCACACCACCAGCUCUGGUGCAAUUCGUUAUGGAAGCUGUGUGCAUAUUACUGGGAGCCAAGCCAAGCUGGGCUUCCGCCAAAGGAAUCAUGGCAGAUGUUAAUUUUAUAAAGCGAUUGUUUGAAUUCGAUAAAGAACAUAUUAAAGAGGAGACUUUGAAAAAAGUUAAGAAAUAUAUUAGUCACAAAGAUUUUGUGCCCGCUAAAUUUGAGAAAGUUUCGAAAGUAGCAAAAUCGGUUAGUUUAUGGGUUAUAGCCAUGGAUAAAUUCGCCAAAGUUUAUAAGGUAGUUGAACCCAAAAUCCGACGCAAAGAACUAGCUGAGUCCGAACUGAAAGAGGUCAUGGCCAUUCUCAGAACCAAACAACAAGAAUUGGCAUCUGUAGAAGCCAAAAUUCAGGCUCUCAAAGAUAACAUCGAUCAGAAGAGUCGUGAAUUUCAAAUUAUACAAGACGCUGUGGAUCUAACUUAUGGCCGUAUACAUAGAGCAGGACGUUUAACAUCGGCUUUGUCAGAUGAAGAAGUCCGCUGGAAGGACACGGUUCAGUCUCUAACACUAGAACUAGCUUGUGUACCAGGAGAUGUUCUAGUUGCAGCUGCCUGUGUCGCUUAUUUGGGUGCAUUUUCCACCCAAUAUCGCAACGAACUAUGUGCUCAAUGGGUCAUCAAGUGCAGGGAACAAAAAAUUGCUUCGAGUACAGAAUUUCAGUUACUUAAAGUUUUGGGUGAUGCUUAUGAAAUACGUCAAUGGACUGUCGAUGGCCUGCCCAAAGAUGAUAUAUCCGUGGAAAAUGGUCUCUAUGCCACACGAGCCCUCCGUUGGCCUCUUAUGAUUGAUCCCCAGGAGCAAGCCAAUCGUUGGAUUAGAAAUAUGGAGAAAAAUAACAACUUACACAUUUUGAAAAUGAGUGAUGGAAAUCUAUUGAGAAUUAUAGAGAAUUGCAUACGCCAAGGUUAUCCCAUACUAUUGGAAGACAUAAGUGAAAAUAUCGAUCCCUCCAUAAGGCCUGUGUUGCAGCGUGAAACUUAUGUAUUUGAGGGUAGAACCUAUUUAAAGCUGGGAGAUGUUAUAAUCGAUUAUGACGAACAUUUCAAAUUGUAUAUGACAACGAAAUUGGCCAAUCCACAUUAUUUGCCAGAGAUAUGCAUUAAUGUGACAUUGGUUAACUUUUUGGUUACGGAAAGUGGUUUGGAGGAUCAACUGUUAUCAGAUAUUGUGGCAAUUGAACUUCCAGCAUUGGAGAUACAACGGAAUGAUUUGAUUGUAAAAAUCAAUAGUGACAAGCAACAACUAUUGGCUUUGGAAGACAAGGUUCUCAAGCUUUUGUUCAAUUCUAAGGGGAAUAUUUUGGAUGAUGAGGAGUUGGUGGAAACUCUUAACGAUGCCAAGGAAACUUCUUUAAUAAUCGCAACUCGCUUAGUGGACACUGAAGAAACUGAAAAAGUCAUUACUGCCACUAGAGAGAAAUAUCGCAAUUUAGCCUCUCGCGGAGCCAUACUAUAUUUUGUUGUUGCUAGUCUGGCCGACAUAGAUCCCAUGUAUCAGUACAGCUUAAAAUAUUUCUCACAAAUUUUCUGUGGCGUUAUACGUCUCGAUCAUCCUAAAAUGAGCACUGAAGAGCGCAUACAGCAAUUGAAAUUAGACGAACUGAAAGCUAUCUAUGAUAAUGUUUCAAGAGGUCUAUUUGAAAAUCAUAAAAUAAUUUUCAGUUUCCUUUUAUCGCUUGCUAUUGAGCGACAAGAAGGGCGUGUAAGUCAGCAAGAUUUCAAUUUCCUAACUCGAGGUGUUGUUGGUUCUGUAAAGGAGAAGUCAAAGCCAACAGAUAUAAAAUUAACAGAUUUUGAGUGGGAGGCUUGCUUAUUUUUGGAUGAGAACUUCUCAACAUUUAAGGGAUUUUCAGAUAGUUUGCAUCUACCAUUCUUUUUGCAAAUUGGUGAUAAUAUAGAAGUUUUCCGUUUUUCUGAUAAUGGGGAUUCUACUGCUACGGAUUAUUGGAAUAAUAGGCUAACAAAUUUCCAAAAACUUAUGUUUAUUAGAAUUUUUAAAAGAGAACGAUUCCUAUUGAAUGUAGUUGUUUAUUUGAGAGCAACUGUUGGACGGUAUUUUACAGAAGUUUCUGCCUUAGGAAGUCAGCUUAAAGUUGUUUUCCUAGAUACCUCUAAUAUAACGCCGCUGAUCUUUGUGCUUUCUAGUGGUUCUGAUCCAAUGGCAAAUUUCUUAAGAUUUGCCGAGGAUAUGAAGUAUAUGGAUAAAUUUUAUUCAAUUUCAUUGGGUCAAGGACAAGGACCGGUUGCCGAAAGUUUAAUAGACAAAAGUUUACGUUUAGGUCACUGGGUGUUUUUACAAAACUGUCACUUGGCAACAUCUUGGAUGAGUCAAAUGGAAACUAUAGUACGAAAUAUAACUUUAGGUGUUAUUAAGGCCCAUGAAAAUUUUCGCUUAUUCCUGUCAUCAAUGCCACAAAAAAGUUUUCCCAUAAGUGUCUUGCAAAAUUCUGUUAAAGUUACCAACGAACCUCCGAAAGGCAUUAAAGCGAAUAUUUUGGGAGCUUUAGCCGAUAUCAAUGUGGACUACUUUGAACAGCAUGUGCUACAAGAAAAAUGGCGUGCCAUAGUAUUCGGCCUUUGUGUGUUCCAUGCCGUGCUCUUAGAACGACGUAAAUUUGGUGCACUGGGAUGGAACAUCACAUAUGAGUUUAAUGAAAGUGAUCGUGAAUGUGGUCUUAAAAUACUAGACUUUUUCAUUGGACGCAAGAAAGCUGAAAAUAUACCUUGGGAAGCUAUUUACUAUAUAAACGGCGAUAUUACUUGGGGAGGCCGUGUAACUGAUUCUUGGGAUCUGAGGUGUUUGAGAACGAUUUUAAAGAUGUUUACUUUUGAAAAGAUAUUAGAUCCCAAUUACAAAUACUGUCGUGGGGAUCCUUAUUAUUGUGAUCCCCGCAAGAAUACUAUACAGGAGUAUCAAGGCUAUGUACAAAAUUUUCCCACUUUAGAGGAUCCGGAAAUAUUUGGCAUGCAUGUUAAUGCCAAUUUGGUAUUUCAAACGAAAGAAACAAACUUUUUCAUUAACACACUGCUAGUGGGUCAGCCCAGAUCAUCUGCCGAUGAGGGUCAAGCUCAAGAAAAUGACUUAUGUUUGGAAGUUAUUUCGAAAAUACAAGAAGUUUUAGCAGAAAAAAUCAGUAAAGAAACGCUACAUCCUGAAUUAUUGAAGAUUGAUGCUAAGGGUCAGCAGCCUUCUUUAACAACAGUGCUGGUACAAGAAAUAGAUCGUUAUAACAAUUCAUUGCAAUUGGUGCGUGGAAGUCUGGUUAAUUUACGAAAAGCCAUUAAAGGUUUAGUUGUGAUGUCUGAGGAGCUAGAAGAAGUUUUUCAAUCUCUGUUAGCAAAUUUGGUGCCAAAAUUGUGGGAGAAAAAGAGUUUCCUUUCCAUCAAACCAUUGCCUAGUUAUAUAGCUGAUUUUCAGAGACGUAUAGAUUUCAUACAAAACUGGGCUGAUUUCGGAAAUCCAAAAUCAUUUUGGAUUAGUGGUUUUUAUUUUCCCCAGUCAUUCUUAACUGGAGUAUUGCAAACACAUGCACGUAAACGAGUGCUGCCCAUUGACGAAUUGAAGAUUGACUUUCAAGUGAUGGAAAAUGUAUUAAUACAACAGAAUUUCUUUGAGAGAAGGCUCUACAACAAGCCAGUGGAUGAUUUGUAUGGCAAUAUGCCAGAAUCCUCAGAGGCAGGCGUAAAUGUUCAUGGCAUAUUCGUAGAGGCAGCCGAGUGGCGCAAAUCGGAAGGCGGAUUAUGCGAUGCUAAAGUUGGUGUGUUGUAUUCAAGAUUACCAGCCAUACGUUUUAUACCCUGUCUAAAACUGCAGCCAGAUGAACGAUAUGAAGCACCGCUUUAUAAAACUCAAGCUAGAUCGGGAGUUUUAUCUACUACAGGUCAUUCCUCCAAUUUUAUAUUGUCUAUACUCUUGGAAAGUGCCUUGCCUGCAGAUUUUUGGAUUUUACGAGGCACCGCUUUAGUGUCGGGAGUAGCUGAUAAUAUUUCAUAA